UCCAAAUCAAAUUGUGUUUGUGUUCAAUUUGAAGAUAAUCUUUUGAUUUCUUUGAUACUACUACUACUAUAUCUUUAUUCUACCCUUUCUUUAAUUUUUCACCAAUGGAAUUUGGAAGCAUAAUCCACUUCCUUGAGGACAAGAAUGUUUUGGUCAUUGGUGCCGCUGGUUUCCUUGCCAAAAUUUUUGUGGAGAAGAUACUGAGAGUGCAACCAAAUGUGAAGAAACUUUAUCUUCUUCUGAGAGCCACAGAUGCUGAAUCUGCCUCUCAACGAUUGCAUAAUGAGAUUAUCCAGAAGGACUUGUUUAGAUUGUUGAAGGAAAAUCUUGGUGCAAAGUUCAAUACCUUUGUUUCAGAAAAGUUGACACUUGUGCCUGGGGACAUUUCUCAAGAGGACUUCAACUUGAAAGACCCCAUUCUACGGGAAGAAAUUUGCAGUCAAACCCAUUGUAUUAUCAAUUUUGCUGCCACCACUAACUUUGAUGAAAGAUACGAUGUUGCAUUGGGUAUAAAUACAUUAGGAGUUAAGCAUGUUUUGAACUUCGCCAAAAGUUGUAUUAAGCUGAAGGUGCUUGUCCAUGUAUCAACAGCAUAUGUAUGUGGUGAGAGAGGAGGACUCAUUAUAGAGGAUUCAUGCCAAUUGGGCGUGUCACUAAAUGGAGUGCCCGGACUAGACAUUGACAUGGAAAAGAAAGCGGUGGAGGAUAAGUUGUACCAACUUCAACAAGAGGGGGCUACAGAGGAUGAUAUUAAAAUGGCAAUGAAGGACUUCGGUAUGAAAAGAGCAACUAUAUAUGGAUGGCCAAACACGUAUGUCUUUACAAAGGCAAUGGGAGAAAUGCUUAUAGAAACUCUAAAGGAAAACGUGUCCGUUGUUAUUGUACGUCCUACAAUGGUUACCAGUACUUACAGAGAACCUUUUCCUGGGUGGGUCGAAGGAGUAAGGACCAUUGAUAGUUUAAUUGUUGCUUAUGGCAAAGGAAAAUUAACAUGCUUUCUUGCAGACAUCAAGGCAACUUUUGACGUGAUACCGGCAGACAUGGUGGUGAAUGCAAUAAUAAGUACCAUGGUGGCGCAUGCAAAUAAGCCAUGUGAUAAUAUCAUAUAUCAUGUGGGCUCCUCUUUAGAAAAUCCAGUUAGAUACCACAAUCUCCAAGACUAUGGCUUUAGAUAUUUCAAGGCCAAACCAUAUGUAAACAAGGAAGGAAAUUAUGUCAUGGUUCGCAAAGUUACAGUGUUAGACAGCAUGGCUAGCUUUCAGAGAUACAUGUUCAUUCGUUACUUCCUUCCAUUAAAGGGACUAGAGCUAGCCAAUGCUGCCUUUUGCCAAUAUUUUCAGAGGACGUAUCUUGACAUUAGAAGGAAGAUCUAUACAGUGAUGCGGUUGGUUGACCUUUACAGGCCUUAUUUGUUCUUCAAUGGCGUUUUUGAUAAUAUGAACACAAAAAAGUUGCGGAUAGCGGCAAGAGAAAGUGGGGUAGAGAUGGAGGAGUAUUUGUUUUACUUUGAUCCUAAAAUGAUUGAUUGGGAGGACUACUUCAUGAAUAUCCAUAUUCCUGGUAUUGUCAAGUAUGUCUUCAAGUGAUAUGUACUUUAAAAUCUGAAUUUGCCAAUUUAGCUUUGUGUUUCAAAACAAGAAUCUCCCCAUGUUAGUGCGAUUAUACAACAGUGUGUUACUAAUAAUUAUUGUAUUUAUUUAUUAUGGCAA